GAUAAAUUAAAUGGAAUCUAAAUCAAUGACAAUAAGUGCAAAAUUGUAGCAGUCAAAUUAUUCUGCUAUAUCAAAUCUACCUAAACAUGUUAUUAGACAAAUAAAAUGUGAAGGUAAAAUCUAUAUAAAUAUAAUCGCAAGGCGAGUUAUAUAUUUAAGCUUCUGGGAAAUGUUAGAAAAUUUGGAAUGAGAUGAGAAGGAAUGAUUUUGUAACAGAUGCUUAAUUAAACUUUAUAACAGUAUAAAGAAUUUUUGAGAUCUGCAGAACAGAGUUUGUUUAAUUAUUGAAACUGUAAAAUGACAAAGAUUUCUUUGAACUUUUUGAUUAAGAUAAUGAUGGGUAUGUUAUUAGAUAUUAAAUUAUUAGUAUCUUAAAUGAAGAUGAGUAAAUAUUAGUAUUUUCAGUCAUAAAAGAAAAAAUGCAUUAAGUGGCAACAGCUUUACUAAAAAUAUAGGAAUAUAUAUUAUUUAAAUAGUUGAUGAAAGAAUUAAGAACAUUAGAGUCUAAUAUAGCAUAAUAUUAGAAUUAACUUAGAUAAAGAAUAUCAGUGAAAGAAAGAAAAGUUUAUAAAGAAAUUGGGUAAGAGAAAUUAGAUGAUUUCUAUGAUUAAUAUUAUUAGGAGUUUUAAUAACUUACUAAAUAUAAAAUAGAUAGAAGGUAUAUAUUUUAUCAUAAUUGAGAGCACAAUUAAAAUAAUCUUAAGAAAAUGAACUUGGUUAAUUGGAAGAUCGUUUAUCAAAGGAUACAGAAUUAAUGAAAGUGAAACCAAAGAAGAAAUUAAAGGAUUUACAAACAUAAGAAAAAUUGGUUAGUUUAGAAGAGAGAGUUGAGGAAGCCUUAGAUUUUAGAAAAGAACUUAAAGAUUUAGAAAAAAAUGAAUAAGAUAGAGUUUAUAGAGUUUAAAAAUAUAGAUUAGAAAAAUAACAUAGUGAUUUAUUGUUUAAAUAAGAAAAGGAAAGAGAAUAAUUAGAAGGUAAACUUUAAGAAACAGAAUAUAAAUUAAUAAUUUAAAUGAAAAAAGCAUAUGAUGUAUUACUAAAAUAAAUUAAUUUACAUAACAAUGAAAUAACAAGAAUUUAAAGUUUAUCAAAUAAUUUAGCAAUGAGAAAAGGUUUAUAUGAAGGAGAAGCAAAAAGAUAGAAAGUGUAAUCAUAAUUAUAAAAUGCAAUUAUUGCAUAAACUAAAGCAAUUGUAAAUAAGGAAACAAAAGUAAAUGAUUUAGAUGAAUUUUAAGAAUCUGAAACAAUAAGAAAAUUAGAAACUAGAAAAAGUAUAUAAAUUGCAGGAUCUCCUGGAAAAGUAAAAUUAAUUUAUAUAUUAAAGCCUAUUUUUUCUGAAGAAAGUGAUAAAACACCUAUGGGUUAGGCAUUAAAUGGGAAAAAUAAGAAUUUUUAUCAAAUUAGAAAAAUAAUAAAAGAAUCAAAGAAUAUUACUUAAUUUUAUAUAAAGAAAAAAUAUGGAGCAGUAUAUAGAUAUUUUUAAGAUUAAUUUAGGAUUUACCAGUUAAUUUUGUAAAGAGUGCACAUAAUAUCUAAGGUGAUUAACAUGAAAAGAUUGAAAGAUUUUUAUCAGUUAAAAGAAAAUCUCAUCAUGAAAUUUUACCACCAAUAACAUAAUUAUAUGAUGAUGAUAUGUAAGAAAAAGUAUGUUAUAUUAUUUAUAAGUUAAGCAAAUAAAAGGAAUUAGAAAAACUGAUGAAGAAAUUAAAAAAGAAAAAGCAUUAAAAAGAGCAUUUAUAAAUGAAAAAUUAUUUAGGAAUGAUUGA